AUGGAGGUUGGUGAGAGCAGCGUCCAGCGAGCUGGUGGUGGAGGGGUUCCUCCAGCCGCGGGAGCUGGGACCCUCUGGCCCUGGCCCCCUGGAGCCAAGAUCAACGGCCUGAAGCUGAAGUGUCGCUUGCUGUGCUGCCCUGGAGCCGCCGAUCCCGGCACUCAGCGGCUCCGCCCUGACACCUGUCCCGUGGUGGGCUGGGGGAGGUCAUCCUGCGAAUGGAGCCUGUGGGUGCCAGGCUGGGGGAGCAGAGCCCCCAGGUCUCCUCCACGGCCCCCCCUUCCCGCGAAGAGCCGAGCUCGUCUUGUCCACCCCCAGCCUCUCUCGACUUCCUGGCACGCCGUGUGGACGGCCGUCUGGGUCACCUGGAAUGUCUUCAUUAUCUGUUUCUACCUGGAAACGGGGGGCUGUCAAAGCAAGCUCCUGACCUUCCACCUGCCCCGGCACCGUUCCUGGUGGCCCCUGGACGGCCAGGCCUUGGUGCCAGGCAUCGGCUGUGCCCUGUGCCCUGGAGCACGGCUACAAAGAGGCCCUGUGGAUCCUGGUGUCGUGAGCCUGGCUGGGGAGCUUCUGCCUGACCAAGCCCCUGACGCCCUCGUGGCGGUGGCCAACCCCAUCCACUCUGCCCAGGAUGGCCUGCUGGGCUGGGUCCUGGGAACUUCCAGCUUGGCCAGGGGCCUGGUCAGCCCCACAGGGGAGCUUGUGGGCUUCGUCUAUGGCUGCUAUGUGGUCAGCGUUUUCACCGAGGAGGACAGCUGUUUUGAUUUCAUUGGUGGAUUUGACCCAUUUCUUCUCUACCAUGUCAGUGAAAAGCCUUCCAACCUCUUGUGCAAGCAGGCGUCCUUGGAAGUGUGGCCAUCAGAGCCUGCCCCUGGCUGGGCCUAG